AUGCUGUCGUGGGAUUGGAUUUUUAUAUUUACAAUUUCUUUAAAUAUUUGGUCUGCACAAGUUUCAUCAACUAUUGUUUAUAUCGGCGCAUACACAGGAGAUGGGCCAACGGAUAGUAAAGGUGUCUAUGCUUUAGAAUUGGAUGAAACUAAACCAACUCUUACACUAUUACGUUUAUCUGCUGUGACUUCCAAUCCAUCGUAUGUGCUUGUUCAUCCGUCACACAAAUAUCUCUAUGCUGUUAGUGAACAAGAUAACGGCGCAGUUGUUGCUUUUCAAAUUGAUUCCACUGUACCAGGACGUUUAAUACCAAUAAAUCAACAGACAUCUGCUGGCAGUGGUCCAUGUUAUUUGUCAACAAAUAAAGCUGGAACACAUGUAUUUGUUGCUAAUUAUAAUAAUGGUACUGUGGCUGUUUUACCAAUUGAUCAGACUAGCGGUGGUGUUGGUCAAUACACAGGAUUUGAUCAACAAACCGGUUCAUCGAUUGAUCCCGAUCGACAAACAUCUGCUCAUGCGCAUUGUAUUUUACUUGAUAGAACAGAACAAUUCGCAUUGAGUGCUGAUCUAGGUUCCGAUCAAAUCUAUCAGUAUAAGUUUUUUUCAAAUAAUGGUACAUUAUUACGAAAAACAGUGACAAAAGCAGCAAGACUUGGCGAUGGACCACGACAUCUUAUAUUUAAUUCCAAUCAAAAUUUUGUCUAUCUUAUCAAUGAACUUAAAUCAACAAUCACAGUUUUUACCUAUUUUCCAAUAAUGCAACCCGUUCAAAUUAUUUCAACAUUGCCACAAAAUUUUACAGGCUCCAAUACAGCUGCUGAAAUAAUUUUUCAUCCAAAAACAGAAAAUUUUCUCUAUGCCUCCAAUCGUGGUCAUAAUUCCGUUGCUGUUUUUACCGUUGAUUCUACUACUGGCUAUCUAACGCUUAUUCAACAUAUCAAUGUUCAAGGUCUUACGCCCCGAAAUUUCAAUAUUUCGCCAAGUGGAAAAUUUUUAAUUGUUGCUAAUCAAGAUUCGAAUAAUAUAGUUCUUUUUACAGUCGAUCAAACAACAGGAAAAUUAACAGCAACAGGAUCAUCGGUGCCAAUCAGUAAACCGACAUGUGUCAAAUAUUUAGAACAGUAG